AUGUCGGGCUGCGAAGGUGGCAAGAAGCAGCCCCUGAAACAACCCAAGCAGCAGAACAAGGAGCUGGACGAGGAAGAGAAGGCUUCCAAGCAGAAACAGAAGGAAGAACAAAAGAAACUGGAGGAGCUAAAGGCAAAGGCCACAGGGAAGGGGUCCCUGGCCACAGGUGGAAUUAAGAAAUCUGGCAAAGAACUAAGCUGUUCUUGGUGA